AACCAUGUCCAAGGGACCAUCAAUCGGCAUUGACCUGGGCACUACCUAUUCCUGUGUAGGCGUGUUUCAGCAUGGCAAAGUGGAGAUCAUUGCCAACGACCAGGGAAACAGGACCACACCCAGCUAUGUUGCCUUCACAGACACUGAGAGGCUGAUCGGGGAUGCAGCCAAAAAUCAGGUGGCCCUGAACCCCAGCAACACAGUGUUCGAUGCAAAACGUCUGAUCGGACGCCGGUUUGAUGACAGCGUUGUCCAGUCAGACAUGAAACACUGGCCGUUUACAGUCAUUAGUGAGGAUUCACGCCCCAAAGUUAAAGUGGAGUACAAAGGCGAGACCAAGACCUUCUACCCAGAGGAGAUCUCCUCUAUGGUGCUCACUAAAAUGAAGGAGAUUGCAGAGGCUUACCUGGGGAAGACUGUAACAAGUGCAGUCGUGACAGUGCCUGCCUACUUCAAUGACUCUCAGCGCCAGGCCACCAAAGAUGCAGGGACCAUUUCUGGGCUUAAUGUCCUUCGUAUCAUCAAUGAGCCUACUGCUGCUGCUAUUGCUUAUGGCCUGGACAAAAAGGUUGGAGCCGAGAGAAAUGUUCUCAUCUUUGACCUGGGCGGUGGCACAUUUGACGUCUCCAUCCUGACUAUUGAAGAUGGCAUCUUUGAGGUCAAGUCCACAGCA